CAUUUAAUCUGAACAUUUUACCUAAAAGGCCGAUAACAUCGCACUAUUUAGACUGUGUGGACAAUGGCUUUUUACAUCCCAUUUUUGAACCGAACCGGCAAAGACGACAUGCUUUUAUUUUGACUUUGUGCUAAAUGGGACACGGUCAGCAGACGGAAGAAGAAGCAGCGUGAAAGAGCGCACAUGUCACUGCGCUUGUCCGCAGAGGCGCGCAAAUGCACGCCAACCCCGCACGGACACGCAGGAUUAUGUUAUUAUUUACGUCUUUUUAUUUGCCAACUACAUCCAGGACACGAUGUUUGUGGCCAUGGACGGGCUUUUUUUUUUUUUUUUUUUUCUCUCUCUUGCUCCAUGGAGGAAGCUUAUAGGCUAUUGUGUUGGAGAUAAUUGCGCUCUUGGUCUGAGGAGUUGAAGUGGAUGCAGGUUUGGCGAUGACCUGACUAAGAAGACAGCUGAUCUCUGAAACAGCAGAGGUUUGGUUACACUGAGGAAUUGAGUUACCUUUAAGUGUUCAGCACGGCAGCACAAACUAUGUCAAAUCUGAUCUGCCGAGUCAAAGGGCCGCUGUCGGCCUCGGAGGGACUGUGCCCGGACAAAAAAAACCCUCUUUCACCAUCUAUCAGAAGAUAAAACGACUGCGGAGCCCGGACGUCCGGAGAGAUCCUAACAGUUCUCCAACAUGACUUGAACGAUGGACGUCAUCAACUUGACAAGCAUCCUCGACAGCGGCUUUCCGGAAGAGGCUUCCUCCGGUCGCGUCCUGACCGGUUGUUUCCUCUCACUGCUCAUCCUCACCACCUUGCUGGGGAACACGCUUGUGUGCGCGGCCGUGACCAAGUUCCGCCACCUGCGCACCAAAGUCACCAACUAUUUUGUCAUCUCACUGGCCGUGUCGGACCUCUUGGUGGCCAUCUUGGUCAUGCCGUGGAAGGCAGUGACCGAGAUCGCCGGUUUCUGGCCCUUCGGCUCCUUCUGCGACACCUGGGUGGCCUUUGACAUCAUGUGCUCCACCGCCUCUAUCCUCAACCUCUGCGUGAUCAGCCUGGACCGCUACUGGGCCAUCUCCAGUCCCUUCCGCUAUGAGCGCAAGAUGACGCCCACGGUGGCGUACGUGAUGAUCAGCGCGGCCUGGACGCUGUCCAUCCUCAUUUCCUUCAUUCCGGUGCAGCUCAAGUGGCACAAGGCCCAAACCACGUCUCCGUCCUCUCUGAGAUCGAACCUCACGUCGGAGAACUGCGACUCUAGCCUGAACCGGACCUACGCCAUUUCCACCUCGCUCAUCAGCUUCUACAUCCCCGUUGCAAUCAUGGUGGUCACCUACACACAAAUCUACCGCAUCGCCCAAAGGCAAAUCAGGAGGAUCUCUGCUUUGGAGAGAGCGGCCGAGAGCGCCAAGAACCGACACGACAGCAUGGGCGGAGGCUCCGGCAGCAUCGCCGAAUCCGAGAGCUCCUUCAAGAUGACUUUCAAGAGGGAGACCAAGGUCCUGAAGACCCUGUCGGUGAUCAUGGGCGUGUUCGUGUGCUGCUGGCUGCCGUUCUUCGUGCUUAACUGCAUGGUGCCCUUCUGCGAGGAGUCAAGCGGCGGCGAGGCUUUCCCGUGCAUCAGCCCCACCACCUUCGACGUGUUCGUGUGGUUCGGUUGGGCGAAUUCCUCCCUCAACCCCAUCAUCUACGCCUUCAACGCGGAUUUUCGCAAGGCCUUCUCCAUCUUGCUGGGCUGCCACAAACAAUAUCCAGGAGGCCACAACAUCGAGACAGUCAGUCUAAACAAAAAAUGACUCAUGACUCCCUCACAGCGCUGACUCAUCCAGGGAGGAGUCGGGUCGCCAUCAAACAGGGACGCUGCUCUGCGUGUGUUAGAGUGACUGAUGGAUGCGCUGACCCUGCAUGGACCCUGGUUGCACCGGCCAAGUGGCCCCCUCUCCAGGCAGACUGUCAGAGUGAGCACGCUCACUACACGGAUGCGAGCGAGCGAGCGAGCGAGGGAGAAGGGGAUUUAGGGAUUGAGAUUAAGACUGUUGUGCCGGGCAGCGCAGCAGGGCUGGGAGGCCCGUGGAAUAGAUAAUCCCACGACUGGGCAGAACGCACACCCUCAUGCUGCCCAACGCUGCUCUCUUUGACAUCAUCACAUACAUGCCUGUGUGAAUAUGAGAUUAAGAAACUAUGACAACAACCAUGUUUAGCAAAUAAAUACACAAGCUAAUUACAAUUCAAAGUGGACCUAUAUGAUUUCAAUCUACAUUCAAAACACUUCCUAGUGGUCUAGAUCGGGGAUUCUUAACCUUUUUGACCUCAGGGCCCAACAUUUCUACUACAUAGGGGCCCGGGACCCAUUCAAAUAACGCCAUACUUGCCAACCCUCCCGAUUUUCCCAGGAGACUCCCGAAUUUCAGUGCCCCUACCGAGAAUCUCCAGGGGAAAUCAAUCGAAUUUCUCCCGAUUUCCACCCGGACAACAAUAUUGGGGAUGUGCCUUCAAGGUACUGCCUUUAGCGCCCUCUACAACCUGUCGACACGUCCGCUUCUCCUCCAUACAAUCAAUGUGCCGGCACAGUCACAUAAUAUAUGCGGCUUUGACACACACAUAAGUGAAUGCACUGCAUACUUGGUCAACAGCCAUACAGGUCACACAGAGGGUGGCUGUAUAAACAACUCUAACACUGUUACAAAUAUGCGCCACACUGUGAACACACACCAAACAAGAAUGACAAACACAUUUCGGGAGAACAUCCGCACUGUAACACAACAUAAACACAACAGAAAAAAUACCCACAACCCCUUGCAGUACUAACUGUUCCGGGACGCAACAAUAUACACCCCCCGCUACCACUAAACCCAUCCCCCAAAUCCCCCUACCCCCGAAUUCGGAGGUCUCAAGUUUGGCAAGUAAGAAUAACGCUAAAUUAGUAAUCUUACUCUUGAUCUUAAUUGUAUUCAAUAAUUACAUCUAACCUACUUACAGUUUAAAAGGGUAAAUCUUAUCAAAUGUUAUGAAAUAAUGUGUCAAUCACAGAGAUUAUUAUCAAGGCUUAGGUCAAGCUGAUAACGAAAAAACAAAAAAUUAAUAAAGAAGGGACUUAAAAACUGAAGAAAAAAAUAAAUGUACAUACAAUUGCGACACGCCAAAAUGAAUCAAUUAUGACUACAUUGAUGAUAAAUAACAAUAUAAGUGUUUCUUGAAUAAACUGUAAAUAAAAGGUAAGUGCAAAUUAAAAUACAGCUUCAAUAUUUUAGUCAUAAUUUUUGCGCCUAAUACAUUUCGGUUGGACUUUAGCUUCAGAAUUCUCCUGUUUGUUUGACAUUUUCAUUACUGACACAAGUGGUGGAAAAGUGUAUUACAACUGAGUACGGCUGCAACCCAUACGCACCACAGCUGAGAAACAGAUAUUUUUUUGGCCCCGGCCCUAUGGUUAAGAAACACCGGUCUAGAUAAUUUGUCUUGGAUAUGCAUUGGUGCAAAUUUUGCUCCAUUGUCACUUUCAUAACCAACACUGAAGCGCAUAUUUCCGCAAGAUGUUUGAUCCUGGAGGUGUUCCCAGAUUGCAAAUGAAACCACGCCCCGUUCUCUUUAAAAGUAGCAUAAUUUAUAUUUCGAAAAUGCGUACUGUUUAAAUAUAUAAAUAUUAUAGAAAUUUACCUGGUCACAAAAUUAGAUGUUCGCAGCAUUUAUGUGACUGCAUGUCAUUAAGCACAUCCCAAGAUAAGAUGAAAAUAAAACUUUUUUGUGUGUUUCCUUAUAGCCUGAAGAGCGCUC